AAGGCUCUGAUCCAUGUGACUCAGAUGAUUCUUUCCAUGAUUCCAACAUUGAUGUGCAAGAGGAGAUAGAAGACAAUAGCGAUAAAGAAAUGGAUGGCCCAAUGAAGAGAGUUUGGAAGAGGAAAUAUCUUUUUUCGCGGAAGAUCUUGCGCCGUGGAUGCUCAGACCUCGUAGGCCGCCCUCCUAUCGGCAUCUCCUGCGAAAGAUGCAAGUACAGCUGCAGCAAAUCGGUGGAUAAUGUUACAAGAAACACGAUUUUCGAGCAUUUUUGGAACUUGGAGAAGGCAGUCCAACAACGGGAGUACAUAGCAGAUCUGGUUGAGAGACAUCAGCCGGAAAAGGGACAUCCCAGGAAGCGGUUCACGCAGACUUACACUCUGAGACAUGCCGAAGAGUGUCACAAGGUAUGCAAGAAAUUCUUCAUUUCGACAUUGGGAAUUUCCGAAAGAAUCAUGAGAACUGCUUUGGAGAAGGGGAGAAGACGUCUUUGAACAAUUUCUAUGUUCGUUCAAAAACUUCAAGUAGUGAAAGGACCAAGGGCGUAGAUUCUCUUUGUGAGAAGGGGGUAAAUGAAAAAAAUGUUUUUUUGUUUCAAUAUCUUCUUUUUGAAAAUACCGAAUAAUUGAAAACUACCUGAAUAAUAAAUGUUACAAAAAACGCUG